AUGAAAAAUCAAAGUGUUUCACAUGAUAUCCAAAGAAAACAUAAAAGAAGAAAGAGUGAAACUCCUUGUCAACGUGAGGCACAGCUAUUCCGGGAUCGUGAAAAGAAAUGUAGACUUCAAUAUCAAAAUGACGUGACUACUUAUAUUCGGAGUGCAGAUCGGCCUCAACUUCAAAGUAACGUGACGACAUUUAAUCUGCCAAGUAAUGCAACUAUACUUAAUGAAUUAGAUCAAGAUACUCUAUGCUGA